UCGAGCUGAGUGGAUCGCAGAGAUCGAAAGAAUAAAUAACCUUGCGAAGCGCGCUCUCGUGUGUUACUGUUGCUCCUACUCUCUCUCUCUCUCUCGCUGUGUCCGAAGUGUCCCCAGCGCUCCUCGGGAGAAAUUAGUGUAGUUAAGAUAGUAGAUUGUAGUUGAAUCCCGAUCCCUAGCACAUCCGUUUUUGUGUUCGUCGUUUGGUUUUGCAUGCAUUUCAUUUUGGUUGUUUGUGUUUGUGCCUGGUUCCUGUGUUCUUCCGCUGCGCCACGUCUCGGAAAGGAUAAUCACAAUCAACACACAACAAUGGAGGCCAAUGCCAAUUCCCCCACCACGCCGACCACAACCGCCACUUCGUCAACGGUAGUGGUGUCCACCCCCUCGCCGGCUGCCAGUACGAGCAGCAAGAGUCAUCUGAGUCAGGCUGCAGCUUCCACCUCCACCUCUGCCACGCCCACCACCCACGUCACGCAGUCACAGCUGCUGACCACCAGCCUGGAGGCCGCCAAGCAGGAGGAUCUGUACAACUUGUCACUGGCCAGCGGGCUGUCCGAGGGUCAGCGCUCCCUCUCCGGCGCCCCGUCGGCAUCCUCCAGUCCCAUUCUGAGUCCACAGGGCAAGAUCUUCGGCAGGAAUGCGAAUGGAACAAUGAUCACCACAUCGCGGCCGGGCAACGAGGCGGAGGUGCAGCUGUACCGAGUGCUCCAGCGAGCCAGUCUGCUGGCCUACUACGACACGCUCCUGGAGAUGGGCGGCGACGAUGUGCAGCAGCUGUACGACGCCGGCGAGGAGGAGUUCCUCGAGAUCAUGGCUUUGGUGGGCAUGGCAUCCAAGCCGCUGCAUGUGCGUCGCCUGCAGAAGGCCCUGCACGAGUGGGCCAACAAUCCUGCUCUGUUCCAGGGUGUCCUCAUGCCGCAGCUGGGUCUGUGUGAGACGCCGCCCAAGCCAGCGCUGGUCUUCAAUCCGGACACAACGCCUGCCCUGCCACGCCAGAAAUUUCCCUCCUUCCAUGCGACAGGUUCCUUCCAGCCCUCGGCGGCCCCUGUGCCGACCACGGGUCCGGUUGUAACCGCCGCGACAGCGACAGCGACGGCCACGGCUGCCACGACUGUCCCCCACCUGAUAUCCCAAAUUAGUUGUACCUCGGUGCCCGUCCUGCCCUCCAUUGUCCUGCCCUCUACAACACCCCUGACUAGCAAUCCCACACCCCAGACACAUGCCAAUGCCAAUCCCAGCAGCAUGCCGGGAUCCGCGGCCUGUGUCUCGGUUAGCACUGCCCACCAGGUCUCCUCCAGCUCGCCACAGCUGACGCCGGUUCUCACCGAGAUGCAGAUCCAGCGCAUCACCAUGUGCGCCGAGAAGAUCGGCCGCCAGCUGCCGCAGCGGGAGCCACGCGCCCAGACCACCCGGAAGCGCACCACCCGCGAGCUGGAGCAGGUGAUAGCCAUGAGCGAGCACGAUCCACGGCGCAUGGACGAGAUCCGUAAGUACUCGGCCAUCUACGGCCGCUUCGACUGCAAGCGCCGUCCCGAGAAGCCCCUCACGCUGCACGAGGUGUGCGUCAAUGAGGCGGCCGCCCAGCUCUGCCGCAACCCCCAGACCAUCUGGCUGCUCACCCGACGCGACGAGCUCUUCCCUCUGGCGCGUCAGAUAGUAAAGGAUGCUGGAUUUGGACAUUCGGCGAGCAUAGCACGCUACGGGGGACUGCUCACCCAGCUUCCGGGUGCCCAGGGUGCGGGUGGAGCGCGUGGCUCUGGCUCUGGCUCGGGCUGUGUGCCCAGCGAUGUUGACUGCGAGUCGAGCGAUGCAUCGAUGCCGCCCAAGCGGCAGCGUCUCUCCUCCACGGAGGCGGCACAGCUGCCCAUGGACCUCAACAGGGAAGCUGUGGAGGACUCGCGCUACAAUCUCUUUGCCAUGUACCAGAAGUUCGCCAAGCCGCCGUUCGACCUCACGGAGAUUGCCAAGUUCUCACUGGGCAAGACGGCCGACUUUGAGGACAACGAUUCGCGGUUCUCGUUCAGUAACUCGUCCAGCUCCCCGCCAAUGCCAACGGCCUGCAAUGGUCUGGACGGUGAGCGAUCGCCCGUGUCGCGGCAGAUGGAUGCCUCGUCCAUGCCCUGCGAAUCUGUGGAUCUAAGUGGCUCGGUCUCCGCGCCCUCAACUCUGAGCGGUGUCCAGGUCAUCUCAGCUGCGGGGGACAACAUCAUAGCCGUGGCCAAUCCCGCCCUCGCCCUCAGUCCCACACUGAACGAAGUUCUGGCCCUGAAAAGGAAUGCCGCGGCCGCCGCCUCCCCGGAAGCCUAGCUGAAUAGAGAUGAGAUGCCAAUGUAGUGCCAGAUUUAGAUAUAUAAAUCGUUAUAAUUCAAGUGCAAUUCCAUUAGUUUAGAUUCGUCGAAGGAUGUAUUUUAAGUGAAUGAUUAGUUUGUAAUCUCUGUGAUCUAUACUAAAAUAU